GCGGAUCACAUCCGCAAGAAGACAAGAAGCCUGGCUUCCUUACACAGAUCAAGCAAUUUCUCAGUGCUCGGAUAACUUUUAUAAAAAACCUUGUUUUACCGCUUUUGAUUAUGGUGACUAGAGGGUAACACUUCUCUUAUGUCUGAUCCGUAAGCACCACAAAACAAAGCUGCACGUACUACGUAUUAAGUGUAACUUAAACUGUGAUUUUUAUGAUUAUAACGCUAGAUACAAGAAAAACUUAAGGAAUCAAGCUGCAGCCAACAGAAAAUAGGGUUUUUGGACAACUAUUAAUUUUGCUGCUAACGACUGUACAAGAAGAAAAGCAUCAUCUUUAAUGGUCUCUUUAAAACCUCUCUGUGAUUGAUUCAUCAUUCUUUUCAGUAAGUCUUUUAUUUUUUUAACGUUUAAUAGUUUGUUAGUACAUAGCUUCUAGUUUCGUCCUGAGUAUUAAGUCUUAUAAGAACCCUUCUGUAAACUAAUUUUAGUGAAGUCGGCUUCAUCAAUUGAGAUCUAUGUGUUCUCUGUGCCUGUAUACCAAGUUAUAAUGCAAGCGGAAAGUUUGAAGGACGCGAAUGAAGCAUAAGAUCUGCUCGAAGUGCCGCCGACAGCUGACUCUACAUGUAACUUCUUGAGUGAUCUCCAAACUUCCCAAAAUUCUCCAAACUUUGCAUGUUUAUCUCAAACAAACUACUGAUCUAAAUUUCUCGCAAAUUGUUGAUUAACAGAUCCUCAGUACAUCCCUGACAAAAUACAGCUACCAACAAAAGUGAUUUUCACCAGCGCCAUGUUGUUCACCUUCCUAGUGUCUGUGAUGGGUAACUCUCUUGUCAUCUACGUCAUAACCAAACAUCGCUCCAUGAGAACAUCAACGAAUUGUCUCAUCAUGAACUUGGCAAUUUGUGAUAUUCUGACCACCUUGAUAUUGACCCGUUCUCUUGUUAUACAGCUCUUCGCCGGCGAUAAGUGGUUUGGGGGAACGAUUGGAAGAAUUACUUGUAAAGUACUCGCAGCGUUCGGGAUUUCUGUGCUGCUUUUCUGCUCGGUUUUUAACUUCGUUGCCAUCGCCAUUGAUCGAUUUCUCGCUGUCUCUCAACCACUUACUUACAAGUUGUCAUCGAAAUGGGUGGUUAAAAUAGCUAUUCCAGCCACAUGGCUGGCUUCUGCUCUCUUAGCUAUCGAACCGGUAAUGUCUACACAAAUUGAAUACUAUGGUGGAGACGGAACGCCGAAAAGCAUAAAGUCUGAAGUGAGCUCUCAGGAACAUCAUUUAAUCUCUGCGACUUGUUUAGUUGUGUCGUUUGUCGUUUUGAUUGAUCUAUAUUCCAUAAUUGCUUAUCGUCUUUGGAGAAGAAACAUUCCUGGGGAAGUUUCGAACAGUCAGCACGCACUUGCCAUUCGUACAGCACGGAAUGUCACUGUUUUAAUGAUACCAGUUGUACUGAUAACUUCUGUUAUUUUAUGGUCACCAGCUUCUGUUAUUAUGAUCUUACUGAUUAAUGGUAAUCCCAUUUAUAAUACCGCCGUCGAAAACCCCUUUUUGUAUGCCUUCGGCUACUGGUUGUUUUCAAACAACAGUGCUUGUAAUCCGUGUUUGUAUUUUAUAUUUAUUGAGAGCUUUCGUCAAAGUCUAAAAAUCGUUUGUUCACAAUACUGCGCCCCUGAAUUAAGGCUGUGUCCCAUUGGACACGCACGUGAAAGACGGUUUGAAACUGAAGAAAGAACUACUGAGUUAACUUCGUACCGGACUGUGAGCCACAAAGGCGCACCGCCAUGAUUUGACUACAAACGUAAAAAUGCUAUCUACUAACCAGACGCACUUAUCUGCCAAAUGGACUCAGGUGUGGCGUCUAUACAUGAAAUAAAUCCUAACAGACAGUCCUGAUAAACCAGAUCAGACACUGAUACACGUAAGGGGACUUAUGAUGCAAGACGAGGAGGAAUGAAGAAAGACGGGUUUGUAGAAUCAUUCCCAAACUGGCCACACUGUCUCUGCUUCAGUAAGGAAAGCUAGUGCGAU